GGGUGGAGUGAAAAAUACAUUUUUUUCACUUUUUUGCUGAACUAAACUGGCUUGGGUGCGCAAAAGUUGUAACUUGGUAUAUUAGUUACCUCCUAAAAAUUUCAGGUCCCUAACGCAAUGUCUUGAGGUGCCACAAGGACACUAAAAAUUAAAAAAUAUACACGCACACAACUAAAUUUACAGGUGUCUCCAAAUUGAUAAACUUUAUCAAUUGUCAAUAAAAAUUAACAAAUUUAAUGAAUUGAUUUACAAAACUACAAUUAGUGGUUCGAUUAGUGGUUUAAAGCUUUAUUAUGUAUGUCAAAUACCCAACAUAAUUCUCUAUUGUUUCAGAUAACUAACGUUCAGUAAUAAUGACAUCGACAGCACCUUUAACAUUAACUCGUGGACGGACCACUCGAUGUCCAUUAUAUGGAGUUGGUAAACCAUUUAAUAAAAAUGUGUUGCCAACUUACGAGGAUAUUUUGCAACAAUAUUUGUUCACAAAAAACGAACUGAAAAUAAGCGGUCAGCUAAAGGAGCCCACUUUUGCAGAAGUUGCCAAAAUAGUUGAACCACAGCUCCAGGAAAUUUGGAAAAAAGCUUCUUUGCCUAUAAUAUCCAGCGAAAGAAUUAUGGAAAGGAUUAGAGAAUACCAUAACAAAUAUCGGGAACUACUAAAACCCUACAAACAGAGAGCCAAUGUUGCAAGCUACAUACAAAAGAUCGAAAAGUUUAAAGAAAAAUCUCAGGGUUUAUUCGAUAUUGCAACCUGCAAGUGCAAAUGUUUUGAAAAAUGUACCUGUGAAAAAUUAAAGAAAAUACCUGUUUUAGAGAGAGAAUUUUUGCUAGAUCAGCGAAGCGCCAGAAAAAUUAUGAUAGGGAAUGUUGACAGUCAUACCACGAGGCAAAUGGAGAAAAGAGAGAAAAGGAAAUUGCAAGAAGCAGCAUCGUCCAGCAUUGUAAAAACUAUCGAGCAACAAAAAUAUGCUAAUAAUUCUCAAAUUAAAGAGUCCUUGCCAUCAAUUUCUUUUGAACCUUCCACAGAACCUCCUAUUUCUAUUAUAUCUGGACAAAUGCGUAAAUCUCUGCCAAAUUUAGCACGAGAGUGCGAUAGAUGGGGUCUCUCUGAUCGCGGAGCAGCUGCGGUGUCCUCAGCAUUACUUCAGGACCUAGGAGUUGUGACCAAAGAUGACAUUUCGUCAGUUAUAGAUCGCAGUAAAGUAAGACGCGAAAGACAGAAGCUUAGAAAGCAAAAUCAAUUAAACGAUGGUAAAGAUCCCAUGCUGAAAUCAAUAUAUUUCGAUGGCCGAAAGGAUUUAACAAGAAAAACUACUUUAAAAGACGGCGUUCAUCACCCCCUAAAUGUUACCGAAGAACAUGUGGUUUUAGUUCAGGAACCGAUGUCUGAAUAUUUAGGACAUGUAACUCCUUUAUCGGGAACAUCUUUCAACAUUUUUACGGCUAUUACAAAUUUUGUAUCUUUAAAGGGGUAUAAAACUGAUGAGCUGGUUGCCAUUGGAUGCGACGGAACUAAUGUAAAUACCGGGAACGAAAAUGGUAUAAUGCGUAAAUUAGAAGUUCAUUACAAAAAACCUCUUCAUUGGUUUGUGUGUCUCCUACAUUCAAAUGAACUUCCUUUUCGGCAUCUUUUAGUGAACUUGGAUGGUGCAACGCAUGGUCCAAAUUUCUCUGGUCCUAUAGGUAAAGCAUUAAAGCACUGCAUGAAACCAGUUGUAAAAUACAUGGCAAUUGAAGGAAAUGCGUUACCAGCAGUUGAUUUGGCGGACCUAAGUAACGAUCAGAAUUAUCUGUAUAAAAUUGUUUUGGCUGUAACAUCUGGUGAGUGUUCCCAGCAUUUAUCUAAUCUUCAGCCGGGCCCAAUUUCACAUUCGCGGUGGCUAACAACUGCUAGUAGAAUACUGCGUUUAUACAUUUCAUCUAAAAAACCUACCGAAAAUCUGAUAACGUUAGCCACCUAUAUCGUUAAAGUUUAUGCACCAGUUUGGUUCGCGAUCAAAACAAAGCCAAGAUGUUGGGAUGGAGCACGACAUUUGUGGAAAAUUAUUUAUUUAAGUAGAUAUCUGCCACAAAUUUUAAGAAACGUAAUUGAUCCAGUCAUUCAAAGAAAUGCAUAUUUUUCACAUCCAGAGAAUCUACUACUAGCUAUGCUGACUGACGACAAACCAACUAUCAGAACACUAGCUUUACGUCGAAUUUUGAAAACUAGAAACCAGAGACAAAACAAUAUCGGUGUUAGAAAAUUUAAAGUCCCAAAAAUUAAUUUUAAAGCCGACGAGUACUAUGAAAUGAUAACUUAUGCCACUUAUUUAAACAAUGAGCCUCCUUUAACAAAAUCAAUCAGCGUGGAAGAGCUCAAAAGUUAUAUUGACACAAACGAAUAUAUAAUGACAUUUCCAAAUUACCCCUGUCACACCCAAUCUGUCGAGCGAUGUGUUCGUUUGGUCACAGAAGCUGCAGCCGCAGUAGGUGAGCUGCAGAGAGACGGAUAUAUUAAAUCAAGACUAAAAUCCAGAUCUUUGAUGCCCCAGUUUGAAAAAAAAUCUGAUUAUAAAUUGGAUUAAGAACUUGUUUUCACUUAUUUUAUAAUACUUUAAUUAGCUUGUAGUAAUAAACUCUUAAUAUUUAAACAAUUUUGUUUUUUUUUUUAAUUUUUUUAUCAUUGUCAGUAGUUCGGUGGCACCUCUGGAUAUUUAAUUUAUACCUUUUUUGCGUUAAAUUGAUAUCGAAAAGAACUUAUUUCACAAAAGUUUAAAAAAAUAAAUAUUUCCAAUGUACCACAAAAAUAAUAAUAACACAUAUUUUUCUCGUUUUUUCCCAAAUUUAGAAGCUUUGUGGCACCUAAAGAUUUCAAUAUAUUUUAAAAUAAUUUUAAUAGUACACUACUAUCAUAUAGCACCAACUUUUGCACACCCAAGCUUAUUGAUAUCGGUAAUAAAAAUAAUUCACUCCACCCUA